AUGCCACGUAUACUCAAUUCAGCCACGUCGUUUCCGUUGCCGCCAGUGGAGCGUGGUUACAUACAACCUCCGAGAGCAGGGGAGAGGCAGACUGGCAAGUGUUCGUCGCGCGAUGGUGACGGUGAGGGGGAGAAUUCGAGAACUAGCCUAGUGUCCUUUUCAGCACAAGCACAGAAAUGCCAGUCUGUGUCAACGCGAGCCACAAGGUUUCAAGUUCGGGCAGCGGUUGCGGAGAUCACGGAGAACGAAUUCACGGAAAAGGUGCUUGAGGCAAAGUCACCAGUGCUGGUGGAUUUCUGCGCUAAGUGGUGCGGCCCGUGCCGACUGAUCGCGCCUGUCAUGGAAUGGGCUGCCAAGGAGUACGACGGUCGGCUGCAGGUGUACAAGAUCGACGUGGACGCGUGUCCGAAGCUGGUGGAGAAGUACAAGGUGUACGGGCUGCCGUCCGUCGUCAUCUUCGAGAACGGCCAGGUGGUUCCCGGCGGACACAUUGAGGGCGCGCUCACGUCCGCCAAGCUCAAGGGCAUCCUCGCAUCCACGGUGCCCGCGCUCGCAUGA